AUGGUCGUGCUUGAUGCGGCUCCUCGGCCCACUCCUCUUUCUCCAGUUCCCGAGAGCAGCACCGGCAGUCAGAGCAUUCAUGGCUUAGGAGCAGCGCGCUCCUACCGGCAGCUGCCACCGGUUUUGGAAGGAGACGUUACCGUUCCUUCCCGCCGUUUGACACCAGAAUCCUCUCCGUCGGCUGCCAGUCUAAGCGCCAACGACUACAGACUCGCGGUGGAAGCCUGGCCUUCUGAUAGCGAGGCAAGCGCGACGGAGUCCACAGUCACGACAGCCAGCGUUGCGGAGUCUGCACAGGCUGCAGCAGUGUCGAAGAACAGUGCACGUCGGAUGACGGAGCCCAGCGUCCAGCCAGCGAAUUCAGCGAAAAAGAGUCCUCGAAGCUCUGUGCUCGGCAAGCCGCAGCCAUCAAGCAGGAAGCUGAGCCGAGCCUCACCGGGAGCGACGAGCUCCGGUGAGUUCAAGAACCUUCGUGUGGAUGGCCUGGAGGAGCCGAACCCAUCUGUCAAGCAAAGGGCAAUGAGGCGUGCGGCUUCGGAACCUCCGCGACCUCUGGGCGGAGAAGUUCGCAAAUCAGGAUCGCCACCUCCGCGGCAGUCCCAGGUUUCACUGGCCACGCCUCCACGGACAAAGCGGGCAUCCGUUGGCGAACGUCCAGGCAAGCUGCAAAAGAGCCCGCAACCCUCCACAGCUAGCCGUGAGUCCAGCCUGCGCAAUGUAACGCAGAAGCCAGCGAAUGCACGGCUUAGUGCCAGCAGCAGCUCAGCUUGCAAGUCGUGCUCAUGUCAUUUUCGUGGGGGGGUUCGAUGGUUCAAGGAUGCGUUGUGGCGCAGGGUUCUGCAGCCGUCUGGUCCAACGGCAGAUGUCACGAGGGCUUACAAAUUUGCCCGGAGUCAGGGAGAUGAUUUGCAUGAUGCUAGACCCACCAAGCCUCAACAACCACAGGUCACCGAGCAGACAAUCCAGGGAGAAAGCUUCUCAUCCUGA